GAAGAGGAGUCAUGUCGGUUUCCUCCAUUCCUUGGUAUCCAAAUCCAAACAAACAACAUUCCCAUUCCUAUUUCCAACGAAGUUCUUAUUUUCUCUGUGUUGGUGAAACUGAAGUCCCAUGUUGGCACGCAGCAGUCUCUGCACGUGCCACAUGGUGUUCUCCGUCGACCGGAUUACUCCCACCUUCGUGUCUGUGUUUUCUGCCAACGCCAGAGUGUUGGCUUUCCGCUUCCAAUUGCGGAGGAACACAGACCUCGUUACCGCCCAACUUUCCAACUCUUUCGCCUUCAAUUUCGGAUUGGAUUCCCAGAGUUUGAAUUCCAUUGAAUCCCAUGCUGCACCACAGUUGCCUUGGACUGGUCCAGUUCCAGGUGACAUUGCUGAAGUGGAGGCAUAUUGUAGGAUCUUUAGGAAUUCCGAAAGGCUUCAUUCUGCGUUAAUGCAUGCCUUGUGUAACCCUUUAACUGGUGAAUGUAGUGUUUCCUAUGAGGUUCCGUACGAUGAGAAACCUCUUCUAGAGGAUAAAAUAGUAUCUGUCCUUGGAUGCAUUGUGGCUCUUGUGAACGGUGGGAGGCAGUAUGUUCUUUCUGGAAGGUCUUCAAUUGGGACUCCCUUUUGUUCAGCAGAGGUCAGCGUCAUGGAGGAUACGCUCCCCCCCCUUGCCCUUUUCAGGAGCGAGAUGAAGAAGUGUUGUGAGAGCUUGCAUGUUGCUCUUGAGAAUUAUUUUAUUCCUGGCAAUGGUCGGAGCUUGGAUGUGUGGAGGAAACUUCAGAGACUGAAGAAUCUGUGCUAUGAUUCUGGCUUUCCUCGGGGGGAGGAUUAUCCGUCUCCUGAGCUGUUUGUGAAUUGGACUCCUGUGUAUUUAUUCACUUCCAAAGAGGACAUGGAGUCCAAAGAAUCUGAAGCAGCUUUUUGCACCGGCGGGCAAGUAACAGAAGAAGGCCUAAAGUGGUUACUGGAUAAAGGAUAUAAAACAAUCAUAGAUCUCAGAGAAGAGGAUGUAAAAGAUAACUUCUAUCAAGCAGCUGUGUGUGGUGCUAUUUCAUCUGGCAGUAUCGAGUUGGUCAGAAUCCCCGUUAAAGUUAGGACUGCACCUACGAUGAAACAGGUUGAGAGGUUUGCAUCUUAUGCUUCAGAUUGCAGCAAAAGACCAAUUUUUCUUCAUAGCAAGGAGGGAGUUUGGAGAACAUCUGCCAUGGUCUCCAGAUGGAGGCAGUACAUGACUCGCCCUGCAUCAAAGUUUUUUUCUAAUCAAGCAGUUAUUUCCAAUGACAUGUCAUCAUAUUAUACAAAUGGAUCUGGAAAGCUGCAGGACUCAAUGAUUGCCGAAGGAUCCUCCCUGCAAAAAGAUACUAAUUUGCUGCAAGAGGGUUUGGGUGCAACACAUGGUUCUGCUGGCACAUUUGACUCAUGUUCCUCUUCAAAAAAGAAUAACGAAAAAACAAAAAGUAAUGGAGCUUUAAGUGAACUUACUCCUGAUGAUAUUGCUUCAUCACAAGCCACUGCUGCUACUGGGGAAGGAUCUUUUCCCAGUUUCUCCAGUGAAACUAGCCCUUUAGAAGCUCAAGUUCCUCCUUUUGAUAUCUUUUCCAAAAAAGAGAUGUCCAAAUUUUUGGGAAGUAGGAAGAUCUCAAAACCCUCUCAUUUCAGUUAUCAUGGUAAAAGAUUGGAAGGCCUGCCAGAUUCGAGGAAUCUUGAACCUAAAAUUGUGGAUCCAGCAAAAAGUUCCAACGGGUCAGCUCAUGUGGAUUGUCCAUCUGGAGAGUCCCAGAACACAGUUGGUAGCAAUUGGAAGUUAGUGAAUUUGAAUAAUUCCAGCUCUGUUAGGACAACAGUUAAUGGAUUUAGUGAAGGGGAAAUGUAUUACAGGAGUGAUGCCAAUUUCUCUACCACUGUGAACAAUGAUAUUGAUAAUGUCAAUACUAACUCUCAAAGGAUUGGAGUUAAUAAUGAUAAGGCUGGGCUAGCCUUAUGUGAUGAAGACCUGGGGCUCAUUGAAGGAGACAUGUGCGCUUCAUCAACGGGGGUGGUAAGGGUGCAGUCAAGAAAGAAAGCAGAGAUGUUCUUAGUACGAACGGAUGGAUUUUCUUGUGCCAGAGAGAGGGUGAGUGAAUCCUCAUUGGCCUUUACUCAUCCUAGCACCCAGCAACAGAUGCUUAUGUGGAAAACUACGCCAAAGACAGUAUUACUGUUGAAAAAGCCAGGAGAGCAUCUCAUGGAAGAAGCUAGAGAGGUUGCUUCUUUUCUAUAUUACCAAGAGAAAAUGAAUGUUUUUGUGGAACCUGAUGUGCAUGAUAUAUUUGCUAGAAUUCCUGGGUUUGGAUUUGUUCAGACCUUCUAUACACAGGAUACUUGUGAUCUACACGAGAAAGUUGAUUUUGUAGCAUGUUUGGGGGGAGAUGGUGUUAUACUGCAUGCUUCAAAUCUGUUCAGAGAUGCUAUUCCCCCCAUUGUGUCAUUUAACCUUGGUUCCCUUGGUUUUCUGACUUCUCAUAACUUCGAAGACUUCAAGCAGGACUUACAACAAGUUAUCCAUGGUAAUAGUACAAGAGAUGGAGUGUACAUCACUCUCAGAAUGCGUCUCCGAUGUGAAAUUUUUCGUAAGGGUAAAGCUGUACCAGGGAAAGUAUUUGAUAUUCUCAACGAGGUUGUUGUUGAUCGGGGUUCUAAUCCGUACCUUUCAAAGAUCGAAUGUUAUGAACACGGUAGACUUAUAACCAAGGUACAAGGUGAUGGAGUCAUUGUGGCCACCCCUACUGGAAGCACUGCCUAUUCUACAGCUGCUGGAGGUUCCAUGGUCCAUCCAAACGUUCCCUGCAUGCUGUUUACCCCAAUCUGUCCACAUUCACUCUCAUUUAGACCAGUUAUACUUCCAGAUUCUGCUCAACUUGAAUUAAAGAUUCCAGAGGAUGCAAGAAGCAACACCUGGGUUUCGUUUGAUGGAAAGAGAAGACAGCAACUUUCAAGAGGAGAUUCAGUACGAAUAUCUAUGAGUCAGCAUCCACUUCCAACAGUUAACAAGUUUGACCAAACUGGUGAUUGGUUUCAUAGCUUGAUUCGCUGCCUAAAUUGGAAUGAAAGGCUUGAUCAAAAGGCCUUAUAAAGCAUAUGAAAGUGAAGAACAAAGAUGCACUAUUCUCCUGUACUGAUUAUACAUUAAGAUUGCAGAACUUUGCUAUAGUAUAUUAGUUAUAACCAAAUUCUAACAUUGGUUUCCCAAGAGAAGAUAGGGUUUGCCAAUGUGUUUUCAGUGUUAUUGUGGCAAGAGGCUGUUGUAUAUAUUGACAUUUAAAGCUGUAAAUUGUUGAUCUCAGAAGCAGCUAUUGGUGCUCUCAAAGUUCACCACUCGUACUAUUUGGCUGCACUUGACCCAUUUAAAUAUAAAUAACACAGGCGCAAGGUGCUAGACACUUCUCCGCCUCCAAAUCACAUUUUCUUUA